UUGAACAUUUCGACGGUUUGACCAGAAGUUUGUACACCCCUGAAGGUCAGGAAACUUUCUAAUAAACUUUAAAAUCUGAUGUGGCAGAAAAAACUUUUCCUUGUUUUUCAUCAUUUCUUCACGUUUAGAUGAGCUGAACUUCACAGGUUAAUCUAAAAUAUGGGCCCGGUUCUGGAGCCGGAUCGGAUCUCUGUAGACGUGCUGCAGUCUGGACCGUCCCACCUGUGGGGUCAGAGGUCACCGCAGUCACCUGACUUCUGGAAACCAGAGUGAAGCUGGGAAGUGAAAGGUGAUGUGAAACCGCUGCAGGUCCAGACGGCGCCGCGCCUCCUUCUGCUCCGGAUCGUCGUUCCGAGCGCUCGACAUGUCGGAUCCGUCCAGCCAGCAGCAGCAGCCGGGCCGGGCCGCUCACCUGGGCGGCGGAUGGACGGGUCCGAAGGACGAAGGCCGGAGGACGAAGAGGAGGGAGAAGAACCGAGUGGCUGCGCAGAAGAGCCGCAAGAGACAAACGCAGAGGGCCGACCAGCUGCACCAGGCCUGUGAGCUGCUGGAGCAAAGAAACAGGAAGCUGAAGAGAGAGGUGGAUUCUCUCUCUGAGGAGCAGAACUUCCUGUCUCAGGCUCUCAGGGCGCAUGAACCUUUCUGUCCCAUCAUGCAUUGCUCCUUCGCCUCCUCCAGUCUGCAGCCUGACGCCGCGGCUCGCUCAGUCUAAGGUCAGUGACCUUUCACCUCUGGGUCCAGCUGCCAGAUAAUGAGCUGACUCGCCACCAGAGGGCGCCGUUUAUCCUCCAUCAGCUGCUGGCAGGCGGCGGGACUCUGCUGACCCCUAGUGGCGGCGGAGAGUCAUCGCAUCCAGGAUUCUUUAUUAAUG